AACGCAGUUCUGUUUUCGUUUGAUCAAUGAACGACGGUGCAUCGGGUGCAUCAGAGAUCUUAUUGCAGUUCGUAGGGAAAAGGCAUCGCAAAGAACAGGCCACUUCCAGCGAUGUCCUCCGACACCGAGAACAUCCGCGUCGUGGUUCGGUGUCGUCCGCUGAGCGAGAAAGAAAAGGCUGCCGGCUGCCAGAACAUUGUCACCGUUGACAGCGUCCAGGGCACGCUCCUGGUGGCCAACCCCCCCGGGUCUCACGGCGAUGCUCCUCCAAAGAUGUUCACCUUUGACACGGUCUUUGACGCCGACUCGAAGCAGAUGGACGUCUACAACCAGGCUGCAAGACCAAUUGUUGAAAACGUUCUCGAAGGAUACAAUGGUACCAUAUUCGCCUAUGGGCAAACUGGCACCGGCAAGACGUACACCAUGGCCGGAGAUCGGUCUGUGCCGGAGCUGAAGGGCAUCAUUCCAAACACAUUCGCUCACAUUUUUGGCCAUAUCGCCAAGGCUGGCGACGACAAAAAGUUCCUCGUGAGGGCCUCUUACCUGGAGAUCUACAACGAAGAGGCUAGGGAUCUGCUUGCCAGGGACCAAAACGCAAGGCUGGAAGUCAAGGAACGGCCAGACAUCGGCGUCUAUGUCAAGGGCCUCUCAAGCUGCAUGGUAAAGACGGCAGACGAGCUCGACAAGAUCAUGACCUUGGGCAACAAGAACAGAGUGGUUGGUGCGACCAACAUGAAUGCACACAGCUCACGGUCACACGCGCUCUUCACGAUCACGGUGGAGUGCAGCGAGCGUGGCCUGGAUGGGAGGCAGCAUGUGCGCGUCGGGAAGCUCCAUCUCGUCGACCUGGCUGGUUCCGAACGGCAGAGCAAGACCGGGUCGACCGGCCAGCGUCUCAGGGAGGCGUCCCAGAUCAACCUGUCCCUGUCCACCCUGGGCAACGUGAUAUCGGCCCUGGUCGACGGCAAGAGCACCCACAUUCCGUACCGCAACUCCAAGCUGACGCGACUGCUUCAGGACUCCCUCGGCGGCAACGCCAAGACCCUCAUGUGCACCAACAUCGGUCCGGCAGACUACAACUACGACGAGACCAUCAGUGCCCUGCGAUACGCCCACCGGGCCAAGAACAUCAAGAACAAGGCGAGGAUCAACGAGGACCCCAAGGACGCGCUGCUGCGGCAGUUCCAGAAGGAGAUUGAGGAUCUUCGCAAACAACUUCAGGAAGGAGUGGAGCCAUCGACACCGGACGACGAGAGCAGCGAAGAAGCGAGCGACGACAGCGGUGACAAGAAGGGCCGGAGGAAACGGAAGAAAGCCAUCUCCGAGGAGCGGAUGCGAGAGAUCCACGACGAGAUUGUGGCGGACCGGAAACUGCUGUCCGAGAAAAAGGACCUGGCGCAGGAGGAAAGAGACCGGUUGGCAGCCGAGCUCGAGACGCGAGAACACCAGCUCAACACGGCAAGGGAGGAACACGAAUGUCUGAUGCAGAAACUCCACGCCCUCGAGAAGAAGAUCAUCGUCGGAGGGGAGAACCUGCUUCAGAAAGCAGAGGAGCAGGAGAGGCUACUUGAAGAGAGUGCCCGGGAGCUUGAGGAACGCAAGCUGAAGGAGGCUGCUCUCAGGGAAGCUCUGGAACUGAAAGAGGCUGAACGCCUGGACAUGGAAGAGCGUUACUCGACACUUCAGGAAGAGGCAGCGGGAAAGACGCGCAAGCUGAAGAAGGUGUGGACCCUGCUGAUGGGGGCCAAGGCUGAGAUGGCCGACCUUCAGCAGGAGCACCAGCGCGAGGCCGAAGGGCUGCUGGAGAACGUUCGACAACUGAGCCGCGAACUGCGUCUCAACAUGCUCCUCAUCGAUGCCUACAUACCGCCAGAGUACCAGGAGCUGCUGGAAAGGUGCGUGCAAUGGAACGAAGACAUUGGCGAGUGGCAGCUCAAGUGCAUUGCCUACACGGGAAACAACAUGUGCAAGCAGACGAGUGUGACCGACCGGAGCAGGCUUCAAGAGAAUGCCGAGUUGGACCUUUCACACGUCUACCUGAGCUACUCUCCGGAUGGACUGCAGUUGCCAGGGAGACACCGGUCCGGGAGGAAGUCCGGACGGGCCAGGACCGUGCGUCCGAAGUCCAGCCGCAGGGAGCAGAGUGCAAUGGUACCAGACACAGCUGUACCACCGCCUUGAUGACUGCGAAGAUGUUUGUUUGCACUCCUUGCCGGGAGUUUCUGCAUGCUUUUAAGAAACGCCGACACUUUACAACGAGGCAGGCAGACUUGUUGAUAAAAACCAGCAGAUCAGAGCACAGCUGCAAUUUUCAUUUUCACGGUUCCUGCGGAACUCGACAAGCAACAACACUAUAGCUCGCGCAGAAACCAUCAUUUUUUGGCCAACGCUUUGUGAACGUAGACAUAGGUACACAUCCCCAUUCUAAGUUAUUUAUUUAUUUAUUGAUUGAUUGAUGCAUCUGUCCUGAAAAACACAUUUAACUUAUUUAGCCGACAUAAUAAAAAGCCUGUUUCAAGCAUU